CUCGUGGCAGAAACCCUAAAACCCUUCGCCGUUUGGCUUACUCAAUAAGAACCAGAAGAACCCUAAUCGAGAGAGAGAGAGAGAGAGGUAAAAUGGAUCAUAUAGCAGCAGCUGAAGAGCGAAUUGUUACAGAGAGAUUGAGGCAAAAGCUCAACGAAGUGAACACGGCUGCGCAAACACAGCUCUCAGGGGUUCAAGACCAUGUUAAUUUCACUCUUCAGCAAGCAUACUUCAAGUGUGCAUAUGAAUGCUUCGACCGAAGGAGGAAGUACGAUGAAAUUAGUAACUGCGUUGAACAUUGCAGUUCUCCUCCUCUAAGGGCCCAGAAUCUGGUUGAGGGUGAGAUGGCCAAGUUUCAGGAAAGGCUAAAUAGGUCUCUGAUGGUUUGUCAAGAUAGAUAUGAAGCAUCUAAGUUACAAAACAAAGGUGGUGCCAUAAAUGAGAUGGAAUCAUGUGUUGAUCAAUCUGUGCAAGAAAGCAUCAAGACCUUGCACCAUGUUGUCGUACAACUGAAGGCUUCUCUAUCGAUCAAUGAAACAGGCAGCAUAUGAAAAACCCAGGCAGGCUGGUGGUGGUGGUGGUGGCGGCGGCUAUGAGGGUGGGAUUUGGUCUUGUAUACUAUUGUGUUCAACAUUAGUUCAUAUCUUGAUAUUUAACUCCAAUUUCAAACAAAGCCAGGAAAUAAAUGUUUUCAAAUAUAAAACUUACUAUCAGUGACAAUGGUGAGGAUAUUUAUCUUGAUGGAAUUCUUUUGUUUUAUUGCUUCCCUGUAACUCUUUGUAUUGACAUAUGACUCAUGAGAGGUUUUUAUUAUAAUCC